AUGGACCCGGGCGGUGGUGUCAACAAGAUGGAGUGUGACGAUGAUUCGUUUUUCGUCCAGAAAAUGAGAAGACUCAGCUUCGACGCUGACAGAGCGAUACCAUCAUUGGUCAUCGCCAGCGCACCGUCGCCGCCUGACAGUCGCCGGUCUUUUUCGCCUGAGAUUGGUGUUGACUCGUCGACACCGUUCCUCAAACCACGGGCUCUGCACAAGGUGCGCCUCAGGGGCCAGUCACCAUUGAGCGACACCAGCAGUGAAUCUACGCGUUCUAACAAGUUUCGGUUGUCGGUCAAUCCCUUCACACCAACUGGCAUUGAAAUAUUAAAAAACAAACAUCGGAAAAGACUGUGUCCUGCAAAACAGAACAUAAGUUUCUCCAGUUCUGAAGAUCAUUCGAGUCAUGACAGCAACAGUAGUUUUUCCACUCCGCCUGACAAUAAAACGUCUCCUUCGGUCGAUCCUUCUAUCAGAGAUCUUAUGAAUGAAGGCGAAGUAACCAAUGUCAGUAUUUAUGAUUUGCAGACUUCUCGUUUCAAUGAAGAGUUCAGAAUGGAUGAUUUUAUCGCUACUGGUGCUUUUGGUGAGGUAUACAAGUGUACAAAUUUAUUAGAUGGAAUCACAUAUGCUAUUAAAAAGACCAAAAAGACAAUUUACAAAAGCCAAGAAUACUUUAUUCGUAAAGAAGUUUAUGCACACUCUGUAAUUGGACGACAUCCAAACAUAGUCUCGUAUUUCACAGCUUGGCAUGAGAGAGGUCAUAUUUAUAUUCAAACAGAGUUUUGUAAUGAUGGAACCCUAGAGCGGAUGAUUCAUGAAACUGACCAUGUGUUCUGCGAUAGUGCUUUAAGACGAUUGCUAUGUCAUGUAUGUAAAGGUUUAGCUCAUAUUCAUUCUAAAAAGCUUGCACAUUUAGACAUUAAAGCUGCCAACAUUUUAUUAUGCCGUACAGAUGGUGCAUUGUGGUUUGCUGAAGAUCUAGAUGAUGAUGAAACAGUUGACAAAGAUAUUGUCUAUAAAAUUGGGGACUUUGGACAUACAAUAUGUGUUGAAGAUGUUCGAACUAUUGAAGAUGGAGAUUGUCGGUAUUUACCCAAAGAACUAUUACGUGAUGAUUAUUCUCAGUUACAGAAAGCUGAUGUAUUUUCAACUGCGCUUACUGUAUAUGAGGCAGCAACUAAAAAAGAUUUACCUAAAAACGGACCAGAAUGGCACCGAUUAAGAGAUGGUGAAUUUUCAUUGCCUCAAACUCCAGUUUUUAGUACUGGUCUUGAGAAAAUGCUUAAAAAAAUGGUUGACUUGGAUCCUAAAAAUAGGCCUAAUGCAUCCACAGUGGUUAAUCUUUUACUUGAUAGAGGAAUGGCUGCUGUAAAACAACAACAAGACGAAAUGGAAGUAUGGAAGUUGAGUUCUAAGUUCCUUGCACCUUGUUACUCUGUCGAAACACAGACACCAUCAAGAACAACAAUUGGGCAGAGAAGAUAUGAAAAUUCUAAACUGUAUCGAACCAGAAAAGAACGAAUUAAACGAUUGGUUGGUAGAAAAAUGAGCAGAUCAUGUAGUACUCCUAAUGUUUAA